AUGGACAUGCUGGACCCCGAGGCUGGACUCAGGCCGCCGCCUCCACUGCCCCCAGCCCCCAGUCACGAUAAAGGUCAAAGAGGCCGAGGAGGCGUCGACCUGCAGGAGGGGGAGAGGGCGCCGGGGGAGGAACCCGUGGCCAUCGCCAACGUCCCCCCCGGAGCCCCCGGAGCCCCCGGAGCCUUCCCUGAUGCGGGGCUGCAGUACCAGUUCCGCAGCGAGAGCAACGGUGGCCAGGUGACCUACAGGGUGGUGCAGGUGACGGAGGCGCCGCUCGAGGGUCCCGAAGGCGCCGCCGUCAGCGUCGUGUCCACCUUCGCUGGAGCUCCCCAGGCCGUGAUCCAGAACCCCUUCAGCAACGGGGGCAGCCCCGGCAGCGAGGGGGGGGCCGAGGCCCGCUUCACCUGGGGUGGGGAGGGGGCCGUGGCCGUGCAGGCCGACCCUGCCCUGGCCCAGGCUGGAGGUCAGUUCUAUGUGAUGAUGACCCCCCAGGACGUGCUGCAGGCAGGGGGGGCCCAGCGCAGCCUCGCCCCGCACGGGCACCCGUACUCCCCGAAGCUCGAGGGGCCGCGGGUGCCGCGGGACGAGCGACGGCGGGCGCAGCACAACGAGGUCGAGCGCCGGCGCCGGGACAAGAUCAACAACUGGAUCGUCCAGCUCUCCAAAAUCAUCCCCGACUGCGGCGCCGACAGCGGCAAAUCGGGGGCGAGCAAGGGGGGGAUCCUGUCCAAGGCCUGCGAUUACGUGCGGGAGCUGCGCCAGAGCAACCAGCGGCUGCAGGAGACCUUCAAGGAGGCCGAGCGGCUGCAGAUGGACAACGACCUGCUCCGGCAGCAGAUGGAGGAGCUGAAGAGCGAGAACGCCGUGCUGAGGGCGCAGCUGCAGCAGAGGGGGCUGGAGGGGACCCCCGAGGGGACCCCCCAGUGACACCGGGGUGGGGGGGGUGGGACACCCCUGGGGACGCCCCCUGGCAACCCCCGGACGCCCCUGGGGACACCCUCGCGCCCUGUCACGAGGGUGGGACACGCUUGGGGACAACCCCUGAGUGGACCCCCGCAGUGACACGGUGUGGGGUGGGGGGCACACACAGCUGGGGGCACCCCCUGCGGACUUUCCCCCCCAGUCAUGGGGGUGACACCUUUUGGGGACACCCCAGGGACCCCUAAGGGGACACCCCAGUCACGGCGGGGGAGGGGCACCUGCAAACACAGCCCCCGCCCCCCACGCAGGGACACGACCCCCAUCCCCCACUUUGCGGGGGUCCCUGUGCCCCUCUCCCCACCCUGGGGACAAUGCAGGGACCCCCAGUUCUCCUCGGGGACCCCCAGGCCACACCCCCCUCGCGACCCCUCCCUGUCCCCCCUUUGUAAUUACCG